GCCGCACCGUCUCUACUACCUUCACUUAUUAUCUUCUUCCACUCUACGAAGAAAAAACAUAAACCCUAAUCACCGAAUCUCAAGAUGAAUCGUGAGAAGUUGAUGAAGAUGGCUAACACUGUCCGCACUGGCGGCAAGGGUACAGUUAGAAGAAAGAAGAAGGCUGUGCACAAGACCAAUACAACUGAUGACAAGAAGCUCCAAAGCACUCUCAAGAGAAUUGGAGUUAACUCCAUUCCUGCUAUUGAAGAAGUUAACAUCUUCAAGGAUGAUGUUGUUAUUCAGUUCCUCAACCCCAAGGUUCAAGCUUCAGUUGCUGCAAACACAUGGGUUGUUAGCGGUUCUCCUCAGACCAAAAAAUUGGAAGAUAUCCUUCCUCAGAUUCUCAGCCAUCUCGGACCAGACAACAUGGAGAAUCUUAAGAAGCUAGCAGAGCAGUUCAAGAAGCAAGCUCCUGGUGGAGGUAAUGUACCAGCAACCAUUCAAGAGGAUGAUGAGGACGAUGAUGUCCCAGAUCUUGUACCUGGUGAGACUUUCGAAGCCGCUUCUGAAGAGAAAGUAGCUGCUGCUUCUUCUUAAGACAAACGAGUGAGAGAAGGCCACAACAAAACCGCACUUGAAUUAUUAUUACAUAUCCUUAUAAUUUUGCUUGUCCACUCUAUCCUCGUUUUGUAGUGUUUCCCGACCAGAGAUUCUUGUUUCCCAGAUAAUGUUUUUUAUCAAUUUGAUCUGCUUCACUCAUCGAUUUUUCUCUAAGUUUUGGAUUUGAUUUGAUGUGCUUAGUUUACUUUCAUUCGAUAUUCAAAUCAAAUAUGCAGAGAGUAACAAUCAUUGAAAAAAACUCCUUUAUUAGUUAUUAACUUAUUAUUGAAAGUGUUGUAAAAUAACAUUUGUGUUGUAUCUAUACUCUUUUGAACAUAACUUUUAGUGGAACAUCACUUAACACAAGUCUUCUAAUCCCAUCUUGAACAAACACACCAACGUCUCUACACAUGACUUUGCAGAAGCUGCAGACAGAUGGACAAAACACGAUCUUGUAAUCACUUUCGUAUUUGUCAAUCUUGAACCAGUUGCCAACCGUUGACUGUCCCGGGUUCCCUUCAACGCCACAAGUUCCAAUGAACCAUUGAUUCGUCUUCUCGUCGACAUUGUCCAAGUUCCAGAUCGAAGUAGCUGAGAAUUUGAAGUUUAGAUCAGUUGAAACACGGAUGAUUCUUGAUUUGUCUGAUGGUGAGAAUGUCAACGGCAGGCCGUUAGAGACUUCGUAUUGUUCUUGGAUGACGCUUCUCGGACAGGUUUUGUUUUCGGGUUUGGACAUGGUUAGUCCACCGCCACGACCGCGAACAACAGGCAAGAUGUAGUAUUUGGUGCCUGAUGUGAGACGUUUACCGUUGAUGUCGGUUACUGGUUCAACCGCGGCUUCGGUGGUGGCUCCAUGGUGGCUGAUGAAGGCCGCUACGAGGAGGAAAAUAUGGAGACGUGAUGACAUUUGUGGAAGCUUUCUUUAUCUGGAAACCUUU